GUCCGGUCCGUGGUGGGGAUGCUGUUUCGGUUCGGGGUGGUGGUGUUGAGCCCGCGGUGCCGGGGCUGGCCGGAGCUGUGGGUGGUGGGGUCCCGGCCGGAGCUGGGCAGCUGGGAGCCGAGCGGGGCCGUGGCCCUGGAGCGGGCCGGGCCCGGGGCUGGGGCCGGGACGGGGGCCGGGCCCGGCCUGUGGCUCGGCGAGGUGCGGCUGGCCGCCGGACCCGAUGACCCAGACCCCCUCCAGGACCGGGACCCGCAGCAGCAACAGCAGCAACAGCAGCAGCAGCAGCAGCAGCAGCAGGUGCACGACACUUUCUGGUACAAGUUCCUGAAACGCGAGCCCGGCGGAGACCUUACCUGGGAGGGCAAUGGACCUCACCAUGAUCGCUGCUGUACUUUCAAUGAAAAAAAUGUGGUGGAUGGUGUGUAUUGUGUCCCAAUAGGACACUGGAUCGAGGCUUCGGGACACACUGAUGAGAUGAAGCAUACAACUUGCUUCUAUUUCAAUAUCGCAAGCCACCAAACCAUGCAUUAUUCAAGAAUUCUCCCGAACAUCUGGUUGGGAAGCUGCCCUCGGCAGGUCGAGCAUGUAACCAUCAAGCUGAAACAUGAGUUGGGGAUAACAGCUGUGAUGAACUUCCAGACUGAAUGGGACAUUGUUCAGAAUUCAUCAGGCUGCAACCGCUAUCCGGAACCCAUGACCCCCGAGACCAUGAUCAGGCUGUAUAAGGAAGAAGGCCUGGCCUAUAUAUGGAUGCCUACACCAGAUAUGUGUACAGAAGGUAGAGUACAAAUGUUGCCUCAGGCUGUCCACCUCCUGCUCGGGCUACUGAGGAAUGGACACACUGUCUAUGUUCACUGCAAUGCUGGGGUCGGCAGAUCAACCGCUGCUGUGUGUGGCUGGCUGAAGUACGUUAAGGGCUGGAAUGUGAGGAAGGUGCAGUACUUCGUGAUGACCAAAAGACCCGCUGUAUAUAUUGACGAAGAAGCAUUGGAUCGUGCAGAAGAAGAUUUUUAUCAGAAAUUUGGGAAGGUUCAUACUUCUCUCUGCUGUUUCUAGAUGAAGUUUUACCUUCACACACCUCUCCAUAAAGAAACAAUAAUGAAGAGUCUACCUGCAUGAGGGAAGGUUUUAUUUUGUGAUUUGUGAUUUUUGCUUUUAGAAUAGAUUGGUUUGGGGAUGCUUUACAAAAGAACUAGUGAGAAAAGCCAAAGGGCCCUGGCCCAGGCAGUUCUAAAGCACAGAGAUUGAUCACAUUGGUGUGAGGAGGGAAAGGAGUGACUUCCAUGUCCCUGUUCAAUAAAACCUUGGAGGCUGAACUUCAUUGUGGUAUGGGUCUCAACCACUUUCCAUACAGGAAGGAAGAAAUUAGUUAUGCAGAUGGUGUCUUCUGAAAGCGAGCUGUUGAUGUCCUGAAAUAGGCUAAAUCAUCCCAAAAGCUUUGGGCCUGCUGGUGCUGGCUGGGCUAUUUUGGAAGGGCUCAGGCUCAGGCUCAGGCUUGGGGCCCAGGCUUUGCACCAGCCCCUACAGUUUAGCAGAGUAGCAUUCUGAACAGUUCCACAAGGUGCUUAGAACUGUUUUCUGACCUUUUAGGUGCCUGAAAACCUGCCUGGUCUUUCCACGGGGCCAUUUGAGGCCCCAUCCUGGAUUCCAAGCACUUUAUCAGAUCCCUCCUUGACUAUUACAUCUGCCUCCUCACUGAUCUCCAUGCCUCCUCUCUCCCCAUCCAGUCCAAACUUCAAUCUGCUGCCCAGAUCAUUUUUCAAAAAUGUUCAGUCUACAUCUCCCCACUUCUGAAGAACCUGUAAUGGUUGCCCAUUCACCUCCACAUAAAACAGAAAUUCCUUACCAUCAGAUUUAAAACACACAAUCACCUUUCUCCAUCCUGUCUUACCUCACUGUUUUCCUAUACAGCCCAGCCCUCUCCCAAGUGCUUAGAACAGUGCUGUGCACACAGUAAGUGCUCAGUAGAAACCAUUCAUUGAUUGAUUUGUAGAUUUUUGAUGACAAGAACACCUAAGGUUCUGGGGUCCCAGCCUCUUGCUCACCUGCAGAACCUUGCAUUAACGUCAGGCAGUCUCAGCAGGAGAGUGGGAGGGAGUGGUGAUAGCAGCACUGUUCACUUAAUUUAUCACACACUCUUACACUCUUCCUCUGCUAUCAGCAGUCUGGUACUAUUCCCAUGCCACACCUUCUUCCCCUGCCCCCCCCCCCCCCCCCCCCCCCGAGGGAAAUUGGAUUGAGCAUUGCCUUCCAUUUUCCUGGCCCUCAGUGGAGAGGGAGACCAGAUUCACGCCCAGGUAGAUCUAGGAAUGUAGGCUGCCCAUCCUGAGGACACCAUUUGUCACCCAUGUCACUUUCUGUCAUGACCUCUAGUACCCAACAUGAUAAAGAAUGCUUCUGCUAGCUGUCUGGGGGCAAGCACAUCACAUCAGCUUCACAUGGGUUGAGAGGACAUGAGAUAGCAUGGACAGAUGGCAGUGGGCUGUCUGAGGAUCCAUAGACUUCCCAGAUUACAUCUGCAGUAAAGACCAUGUGUUCAAUAGGAUCCACUCCUUGCCUAGACGAUGGGCGGAACUCCUUGCCUAGACGAUGGGCAGAAUGCAAAGGAGUCUUGUUAAAGGGGGAAACUUUCUGCAUGGAAACCACCUGAGGUUACUUGCUGGAGACCAAGACCUGUUAGCAUUUCAGUCACACAAGAGUUGGAAAUCAACAGCUUUCAAAAUGUUUGAUGUAUAUUGUCUUUAUCACUAGAAAAUCUAUAUUACGUGACAAAAGCUUGCCUAUUUAUGAUGCUCUCCUUAACCUUUUUUCCAUUUCUUCUAAUUUGUGAAGGGAAGGCAAGGCUAAUUAAAAGUGCAUUACAUUAUUCCAUUAUCUUCAAUGCAUAAUGUGUAUCAUGCAGUUUGAAACCAGAUUAGCAGGUGUGUUGCUAAUAAAAUCAUUUUAAUGGCA